ACACGGCGUAUACAUACGCCACCUAUCCUUCGGUUUCUCAUAUAGUUCCUUACUCUCCGCCUAGUUGCCUAGCAUUACAAGUCCUCCUAGCUCUAGUUCUCUCCUGGUAAGCACCUAGUAUGAUCCUGUCUAGCUGGUGACAGCUUACAAGUGGUAUCGAGUUCCAGGACUAGGGAUUAGCUACUAGCGAGCGAGCCCGAGCAGGCCGACUCUAAUACCAAAAGCCGGCCCGGCCGCCAGGCCAGGGCCCGGCGCCAAAGGCAACCGACCUUCGGGCGGUCUUAAAAGGCUCUCAGCAGCCAUAAGUGGCCUGGUCGCUUUGAGCGCACCUCUAUUGGCCCUGCAUUGGCGGCCCGAUACGGAUAAGCCUCGCCUAGUCGCUUGGUACCGAUCGUUGGCACGCACAUAUUGCCUUUUGGCUUGAUCAAAUAGCUUAUAGCCAGCAGCACGCCACGAUGGCAGACCCAGUUCCACCGGGUGUGCUUGCUCUCCUCCACCGGCUAAACGCCGAGCGCCAGAACUUCAUGGCGGCAACCACACAACGUGACGACAUGCCGGCCAAUUCUGACGAACUGCAGCCCCAGCUGCAGCCGCCGCGCGUGGUCAACGCCAGCCUGGCUGCUAACCCGGCUGGCGGCACACGGUACCAUACCGCAGCUAGCAGCCCCGCGCACAGCGCCGGCAGCGACGGCCAGGAUGCAGAGGCAGAUCCAGAGCGUCUCCGCCAGGAGCGCGACGCCGCCCUCGCAGAACUCGCGCGCGUGCAGAGGCAGCAAGAGCGCGACCGUGCCACGGCCGUCGCCGCCCAGACGCGCCUCGCCGAGGAAGCCCGGCGCCUGCGGGAAGCCCAGGAGAAUGGCACCACGGCCGCCGCCGCGGCCGACGCCCCUCCUCGGCCCGCAGCCUCAGCCCCCGCUGGCCCAGCACCAGCAGCCGGCCGACCCGGCCGCCUGCUGGGCGGCAUCCACGCCGCGCCCGGCGCCCUGCCCAUCCCCCAUGCGGACCGGCAGGAGCUUCAGCAGCACCACGCACACGUCGUGCCACAGCAGACGGUGCAGCAUCAGACGGCGAUGCCGGCAGCCUCCGCGCACGGCGCUCAGGCCAUGUCCAUCAGCCAGGACCGCGAGGAAGGCGAGGUGCACCACUCGCGCCCCGCCGUCGACGAGCCGCGGCCCGCCACGCGCCAACGCGCCGAGCCGCAACCGCGCCACCACGCUGGCCAGCCGCUGCGCCUCGACGCACUGAACACGCACAUCAACGCAUUCUGCAGCAGCGACAUCGGCGCCAGCGCCAUGGACCUCAGCCGCGAUGUGGCCGCGCCAGUCCUCAUGGCGUUCCUGAAGCGCCACAUGGACGACAUGGGCGUCCACUACGAGCCCCACAUCGACCUGCUCAUGAAGGGCAAGGGCGGCGAGUGGGCCCAGGACCCGCCAGUCGUCCGCAUCGCCAACGGCGACGACCUGGGCUUCCAGGAGGUCCAGCCGCGCCGGGUACGUUUUGUCGAUGAGGCUGGGGCACUCGGUAGCAAUGGUGUAGACACGGUGGGCACGGCUGCGCCACUGCCCACCAGUGCCGGGGGAACGCUAGGCGUGGGGGCACCCGCCCUGGCGGGCGCCACUGACGGCACACCGCCCGGCUCCACGGCCCAGAUGUCCCCGGUCACGUCUCCCAUGCGCAUGCAGCUGCACGCACAGGGACAGACGCACACCGCGCCUGAUCCCGCCCCCGCACCGGCACCGGCACCGCACUAUCGCGACCGUCACGACCACCGUGAUGAACCUCGUGUCGUCAUCCACGCAUUCACGGGUGUGCUGAAGGGGACUAUCACAAACAUCGCCACAUGGUUCGACGUGCUAGUGAUGAUUCUCUCACGCCGAGGGAUCGAUCCAGUGGCGAGCUUCCUGAUGUACUUGGGAGGUCAGGCACAGCAGUGGGGACUGACGUGGUUCCGCGCGUGGGAGCGCGAGCACAACCGCCAGCCCACGGUUGACGAAUUACGCCAUGAUUUCCUGAUGCAAUGGGACAACCCGCACCUGCACACUGCCAACGCUGCACGACAGCGCUUGCACAAUCACGAAGUGACGCAGACAGGCACGGUGUCCGCGUACAUCACACAAUUCCGCCUCAUUAUGCAAGACAUUCCAGACAUGCAUAUGAACGACCGCGUGGCUCAUUUCCGCGCCGGCCUCCAAAAGGGCCUGCAAGCCAAGUACGCAUUCAAACCCGGCUCAACCGUGCCGUGGGAUAACGUGUACGAGCUCAUGAACCAUAUCCUCGAAAUGACCACUGCCACCAACUUUGCCAACGGCAAAACCCAGCCAUCAGUCGCUGCCGCUGACACGCCUGCCUCCCGUUCCCCUUCCCUCCCCGCACGUGGCGGUAUCAAGAAGGGCGGGCGCGCGCGCAACCACGGAAAUGGUGGCCGCGCCGGCGGCGGCGGCCGCCACGGCGGCGGUGGCCACGGCGCUGGUGGCCACGCCGGUGGUGGCCGCGGCGGCGGCGGUGGCCACGGCGGUGGUGGUCACGGUGGCUACGGCCGCGGCGGCGGCGGCUACGGCCGUGGAGGCGGUGGCCACGACCGGGGUGGCCACGGUGGCGGCCACGGCCGCGGCGGACACCAGCACGGCCGCGGCGGAGGCGGUGGCCGCGGGCGCGGCAACCUCACUGCCGCGGACCGUGAAGCCAUGCUGGCGUAUCUCCACGCCCAGCGCGAGGCUGACAAUAUGCAGGCCGGGCUGAACCCUAACGUGCGCUCCAUCCUAGGAAUGUAGAGUGCCGGCGAGCGGGUUGAGGGCACGACUUUGGUAGAUACCGAGUCAGUUGAGAGAGAUGUUGCGGCGAUAGGAGAGUUUACGCCGGCGGCGGCCAUGGCAAUAGCCGUUCAGAUGGCGCCGCGUACGUUGGGUCUCUUGCCACAAGCGCGUUCGGUGGGUGACUACGGCCCCACAACGCAGGCGAAACAGGCUAAUACAACAACAGUUGCUCGUAUUGCAAAAGCAGUAGUCGGAACUGCUAGCCAGAUUGACGAGAAGCCUGUGUACAUUUGGUGCGGACCGGACAGGAUGGUAGAUCCGGCCGUAUUUCGCCUCCUGCAAGAGAUAACUGGUGUUGCGUUCUCGAUGGACGCGUCAUGCAACCCCAACGGUACC